UCCACUGAUGCUCUAGUGACUCACAACUCGAUUACUUUCGUUAAAGGUAACAGGAAACUGCUCUGCACAUUGCCAAUACCAUCCUAAAUUCUUUCAAUUCAGCCUCCUCACUUAUCCUCAAUCAAACAACAUGGAUCUGAGCAAACCUCAAUUCGGCGCCUCUUCCUCUUCAUCUUCUUCUUCCACCCAUUCGUUCACACACGAUGCCUUUCUGAGCUUCAGAGGUGCAGAUACGCGCCAAACUUUCACAGGCCAUUUGUACAGCAAUUUGGUUAACAAAGGAAUUAACACCUUCAUAGAUAAUGAUUUUACAAGAGGAGAAGAUAUAAGAAAGGAGCUUCUCGAAGUAAUUGAAGGAUCAAGGAUUUCCAUUGUUGUAUUUUCUGCAAACUAUGCAUCUUCAAAGUGGUGCUUAGAUGAACUUGCCAAGAUCUUUCAGUGUAAAGAAUCCAAGCAACAAAUCGUUUUCCCAAUAUUCUACAAGGUAGAUCCGUCAGAUAUACGACACCAGAAGGGCCAGGUUGGUGAUGCAAUUGCUCACCUUAGCAAAUACAAGGAUAACUUAAAGAAGGUGGAAGGUUGGAGGGCAGCUCUUACGCAAGCUGCAACUUUGUCUGGGUGGCACAUCAUGGAUGGAGGGCAUGAAGCGAAUGUCAUUGAUGAAAUUGUUAAAGAGAUAUCAACCAAAAUAAUGAAAUGCACCCCUUUAGAUGUGGCAACAUAUCCUGUUGGAAUAGAAUCUCGUGUAGAAGACAUACAUAAGCUCUUAAAUGUUGUGGAAGACGAUCCUCAUAUGAUAGGGAUAUGGGGAAUUGGUGGAAUAGGAAAGACAACACUUGCAAAAGCUGUUUACAAUUCAAUUAGCCAUAAGUUUGAACAUAGCUAUUUCCUGGCAAAUGUUAGAGAAGAAUCAUUUUCACAUGGAGGUCUUGUCAAGCUACAAAACAAUUUUCUUUCUAAGAUUAUAGAGAGGAAUCCACCUAGUGUGACCAAUGUUGAUGAAGGAAUCAUUGUGCUGAAGCAAAAACUAAGCAAGAAAAGGGUUCUCUUAGUUCUUGAUGAUGUGGACCACUUGGAUCAGUUAAGAAAACUUGCUGGAGGGUGUGAUUGGUUUGGUUCAAGAAGUAGAAUUAUCAUAACAACAAGAGAUACGAAUUGCCUAAUGGCUCAUAAAGUCAAUUCAAUAUAUGAGGUCAAGGAAUUAAAUCAUCAAGAAGCUUCAGAGCUCUUCAAUUUCAAUGCCUUCAAAAGAAAUAUAUGUCUGGAUGACUUCUUUGAAUUUGCAACUGAGGUAAUACGUUAUGCUAAAGGGGUUCCGUUAGUUUUGGAAGUUUUGGGGUCAGAUCUAUGUAGUAAAAAGGACAAGGAUGAGUGGAAAGAUGCAUUAGAGUAUUACAGAAGAUAUCCUAACCAAGAGAUUCAACAAACUCUCAAAAGAAGUUACGAGGCAUUAGAGUAUCCGAUAAAAGAAGUUUUUCUUCAUAUUGCAUGUUUCUUUAAAGGUGACAAACAAAACUAUGUGAUAAAUGCACUACAAUGCUGUGACCUGAAUCCCAGAUAUGCUCUCAAAGUCCUCGUAGAAAAGGCCUUAAUAAAAAUUGAGAAAGACAAUAGCAUUUGGAUGCAUGACCUUUUAGAAGACAUGGGAAAAGAAAUUGUUCGGCAAGAGUCCCCUGGUGAGAUAGGACAACGCAGUAGACUGUGGCUUUAUGAGGAUGUUCGCGACAUCUUUGAGGAAAACACAGGAACGGAUAAAAUUAAAGCCAUCGUGGUAAGAGGUUUCUGUUCACAAAAUAUAUGCUUGAACGACGGAAGCUUCAGAAACUUGAAAAAUAUCCAAAUUUUUAAAGUCGAUGAUGGGAUACUUCAUGGAAAGAGCCUGGAUUAUCUCCCCAACCAGUUGAGGGUCCUUCACUGGAUUGAUUGUUCAUUACGAUCGUUGCCAACGAAUUUUAAUCCAAGGAGACUUGGUAUACUGCACAUGAGUGGGCCCUGCACGACUCCACUAGUGAACCAGGGAUUGAAGAAUAUGCGAUAUUUGAAAUCUAUUAAAUUGUCGUUCUGUGAUGGUUUAACAAGAAUUCCCGACUUGUCUGGAUUAACAAGCUUAGAGUAUUUGAAGUUGUCUUCUUGUAAAGAUUUAGUUGAAGUUCAUCCUUCGGUUGGCCAUCUCGAUAAGCUCGUUAAUUUGGAAAUCAGCGGUUGUUUUAAUCUCCAGAUGUUUCUAAAGGGGAUCAACUUGAAAUCUUUAGAAACUCUGGAUCUCUCUGGUUGCCCGCUUAAGUUGUUCCCUGAAAUUGAGGGAGACAUGAAGUCUUUGAAUCGCCUAGAUCUAAGUAAGACUGCCAUCAAAGAGUUACCUUGCUCAGUUGGAUAUCUCACUGGCCUUAAAUCCUUGUCUCUAUUUCACUGUGAUAAUCUUACAAAUGUACCAUCAAGCAUUUUCUAUGCAUUGCAACGUCUGGAAUAUCUUGAUCUACAUCUCUGCUCUAACCUUGUUACAUUUCCUACAAAGUCAGAAUCACUUCCUCCACCUGUCUUUUCAACUAACUUGACGAGAUUACAAGUUAAUCUGAACCAUUGCGAGCGGCUUGAAGAAAUUUCAGAAUUUCCACGUGAAAUAGAUGGCUUAUUUGUGAUUUGUUGUCCGUCAUUGGAAAGAAUCUCAAAGUUGUCAAAAAUUUUGGAGGGUAAAGAUUCAAAAAUGUUCCGUGAGUUGGAAUUGAAUCACUGCCGGAGACUCUGCGGCAAUCUGGCUCGUGGAGUAGUAUCAGAUGUUGAGGUGGACAAGCGACUAUUUCAUCUGGCCAAGAAGAGAAAGAAGAUGACAUCAUCACCGUGUGCAGGAACCAAAGAAUUGAUGGGAGAGGCAGAGGAAUUGACGGCUCUGUUGACUUUUUUUUUCUCUUGUGCAAAUUCUGAAGAAUUCCAAGUAGAAUUUCCUUCGAAUGCUUGGAUUCCGAUUCCAAACUGGUUCACCAGCCGUCAGGAUGUGAAUUGGGAUGUGAAUAAAGAGCAGGAGUUUAGCAUUGAAAUUCCUCAAAAGUCCAAUUGGGACAACAAAGGGUUGGCUCUUUGUAUUCAAUCGUGUUUUUUUCAGGUCACUCAUUUUGUUUACAUCAAUGGAAUAAAAUUUGAUGAGAAAACCAUGUAUAGGGAUAUUGUGUGGGUGCAUUAUAUUCCACUGGUUGCAGUAAUAAGGAGGUUGAGUGAGUGUGGGAUGCCACCACCAGAUAUGUUUCGAGUUAUGUUUCGAGUUAUGCCGCCACCCGAUGAUAUUCUUUUUUUCAGAACGCCUUUGACGGGAAGCUGGGGAGUCCAUCUGAUCAAAGAUUUGGAAGGAGAAGGCUGAUGAUAGUCCAACUGACUUCCAGUAGGUUCAUUAUCUUUUUCUUUUUGUGUGUUUUGAGGCUUCUUUUAUAGCCUACUAUCAUUCUCAAAAUCAAAAUCAUAUUUGAAUCAGAAAAGCAUUCUGU